AAUCAAACUGUCACGGAGUUUCCCCCGCGCUUUUUCGGAACACGCCUGGGGAAGUGCGGUUAGGGAGCAGUUUCUUCCGGAGUCUGAGCAAACGUGGCUGUGCGAUAGAGAUUUGGCAGAGAGAUGGGUGAAAGUUGGGAGGUGAAAAAGCAGCUGAUCACGCGGAAUCUGCAGGAGACACUGGGCGAGGACAAGCUGGUGUCGAUCCUGAAGGAGGGGCGCGAUGUGAGAAUCUACUGGGGCACGGCGACGACGGGGAAGCCCCAUGUCGCCUACUUCGUGCCCAUGUCCAAGAUUGCGGACUUCCUGAAGGCGGGCUGCGAGGUGACGGUGCUGUUCGCCGAUCUGCACGCCUACCUGGACAACAUGAAGGCCCCGUGGGCGCUGCUGGAGCUCCGCGUGAAGUACUACGAGGCGGCCAUCAAGGCGAUGCUGCAAUCCAUCGGGGUGCCGCUGGAGAAGCUCAAGUUCGUCAAGGGCACGGAUUACCAGCUGUCCAAGGAGUACACGCUCGACGUGUACAAACUCACGUCCGUGGUGACGCAGCACGACGCGAAGAAGGCGGGCGCCGAGGUGGUGAAGCAGGUGGAGUAUCCGCUCCUCUCCGGACUCCUCUAUCCCGGCCUGCAGGCGCUGGACGAGGAGUACUUGAAGGUGGACGCGCAGUUCGGCGGCGUGGAUCAGAGGAAGAUCUUCACGUUCGCGGAGAAGUACUUGCCACAGUUGGGCUACGAGAAGCGCAUCCACUUCAUGAAUCCAAUGGUUCCCGGCCUGGCGGGCGGGAAAAUGUCCUCAUCCGAGGAAGACUCCAAAAUCGACCUCAUCGACUCGGCGGCCAAUGUGAAGAAGAAGCUGAAGCGCGCCUUCUGCGAGCCCGGAAACAUUGAGGACAACGGGUUGCUGUCCUUCGUCAAGCACGUCCUCUUUUCGCUCUUCCCGGCCGGCGAGGGAUUCGUGGUGAAGAGAAAGCCGGAAUUCGGCGGAGAUUCCACUUAUCUGACCUAUGAAGAACUGGAAACAGCCUUCGCCCGGCAGGAAGUCCAUCCGGGAGACCUCAAGGAGGCCGUGGAGCGCUACAUUAAUCGUCUGCUGGAUCCAAUCCGGAAGGUGUUCGAGAGUCCCGAAUUGAAAAAGCUGGCCGAACAGGCUUAUCCGGCGCCCGGGAAGGCGAAGAACGCGCCCAAGGCGACUGAGAAUGGCUCCGAAGACGGACCUCAUCGGCUGGAUCUUCGCGUGGGGCGCGUGGUGGAGGUGAAGAAGCACCCGGACGCCGACACGCUGUACGUGGAGAGCAUCGACGUGGGCGAGCCGACGCCCAGGACGAUCGUCAGCGGCCUGGCGAACUUCGUGAGCCUGGAGGAGAUGCAGAAUCGCCUGGUCGUGGUGCUGUGCAACCUGAAGGCGGCCAAGAUGCGCGGCGUGGAGUCCAAAGGCAUGGUUUUGUGCACCUCCAACGCUGAUCACACUCAAGUGGAGCCUCUGAUUGUGCCCGAGGGCGCAAAUCCCGGCGACAGGAUCACCGUGGAGGGCUUCCCGGGCGCCCCGGACGAGCAGCUGAAUCCCAAGAAGAAAGUGUGGGAGAAACUCCAAGCGGAUCUCAAGACGAACGCCUCCGGCGAAGCCACUUGGCAGGACAACGCGCUCCUGACGCCGGCCGGACAGAAACUCACGAGUCGCCUCGCGAGCGCCUCCAUAAAGUAACAAAAAUCGGCGAAAAGAGGAGUGAAUAAAGGCGCCUCUCUUGCAUUUAUUUGCUUUUAUUCAUGUUUUGUUGUUUCUCUUUAAAUUACAAAUCAGUUUCUCUCAUUUUUUAGUGUUUUUCUCUUCUCCUUGUUUUUUAUUUCUUCAUCUUCUUCAGAAAUCUCUCCAUCAAUUUCUAAACUAACUAAAAUGUCGAACAAAUUAACGUCCUUUUUUGCUGUGAAAUUUUGCAAUUUAUCUUUUCUCAUUCAUUUAUAAUAGUUUGUAAAUAUAAAUUAUGAUUUUUCUUUUGCUGAAUAAAAAGGGGGCG